GAAGGGAUUGAGGGGGGGCGGUGGGAACAGCAAGCGUGAGCUCCUGGCUCGGGGCGCCCCCCCAGGGGGACCCCGGCGUGGAGGUCGCACCAUGGCAGUGCCGGCCAAGGCCGCCCGAGAUCGGGACGAGCUGGACCGAGGCGGGGUGAGUCGUGCACACCCCACUUGGUCGCGGGGAGCCCUGGUGCUGCAGCCGCUCCGGCGCUCGCAGAAACUUUCCUCGGCGCUGUGCGCGGGCUCGCUGUCCUUUCUGCUGGCAGUGCUGGUGCGGCUGGUCCGUGCGGAGAGCGGAGGAGAGCUGGGGCCGAGUCGGGAAGAGGCGGCGGCGCAGGAGGAGGAGAAGGAGGAGGAGGAGGAGGAGGAGGAAGCGGUCCCGGGAGCAGAAGGGGGCGUCUUCCCCGGCGUUCGGGGAGGCGCGCCCGGGGGCGGCGCGCGGCUCAGCCCCUGGCUGCAGCCCUGGGCGCUGCUCCUCAGUCUCCUGGGUGCCUUCUUCUGGAUGGGCUUGUACCUCCGGCGCGCCGGGGUGCGCCUGCCUCUGGCCGUCGCGCUGCUGGCCGCCUGCUGCGGGGGGGAAGCGCUCGUCCAGAUCGGGCUGGGCGUCGGGGAGGACCGCCUGCUGUCGCUGCCCGCCGCGGGGGUGGUGCUCAGCUGCCUGGCCGCCGCGACAUGGCUGGUGCUGAGGCUGAGGCUGAGGCUGGGCGUCCUCAUGCUCGCCUUGACUAGCGCGGUCCGGACCGUGGCCCUGAUUUCCUUGGAGAGGUUCCAGGUCGCCUGGAGACCUUACCUGGCGUACUUGGCCGGCGUGCUGGGGAUCCUCCUGGCCAGGUACGCGGAGCAGAUCUUGCCGCAGUCUCCGGCGGCGGCUCCGAGGGAGCCUCUGGGGUCCCAGCGGAUUGCUGGGACCAAGGAAGAGAUCCCGGGGUUCAAGAGGCGGCGGCGGUCCAGCUCCGUGGUGUCCGUCGAGAUGUCGGGCUGCGGCGGCAAGUCCCACCGCAGGACCUCCCUGCCCUGCAUCCCCCGGGAGCAGCUCAUGGGACAUUCAGAAUGGGACCACAAGCGUGGGCCUCGAGGGUCACAGUCCUCAGGAACCAGUAUUACAGUGGACAUUGCUGUGAUGGGUGAAGCUCAUGGCCUCAUUACUGACCUCCUGGCGGACCCUAACUUGCCCCCAAAUGUGUGCACAUCCCUGCGGGCUGUGAGCAACCUGCUCAGCACACAGCUCACCUUCCCGACCAUCCACAAGCCCAGAGCAAACCCCACGGUUUCCUUCAGUGAAAACUACACCUGUUCGGAUUUGGAAGAGAGCUCCGAAAAAGACAAGCUCACCAUUCCCAAGCGCCUGAGGAGAAGUUUGCCCCCAGGCUUGUUGAGAAGAGUUUCAUCAACAUGGACAACUACCACCUCAGCCACAGGUCUGCCCACCUUGGAACCUGCACCAGUGAGGAGGGACCGCAGUGCCAGCAUCAAGCUACACGAAGCACCUUCAUCCGGUACUGUUAAUCCUGACUCUUGGAAUAGCCCCGUGAUGAUGACCCUUACCAAAAGCAGAUCCUUCACUUCGUCCUAUGCUGUUUCUGCAGCUAACCAUGUAAAGGCUAAAAAACAAAAUCGCCCAGGUGCCCUUGCUAAAAUUUCCCCUCUUCAAUCACCCUGCUCCUCCCCCCUCCACGGGACUCCUGCCAGCAGCCCUGUCAGCAAAAUUUCUGCAGUGCAGUUUCCAGAAUCUACCGAGACAACUGCCAAACAUGGUCCAAGUUCUCACAGGACUUUAACCUACACUCAAAGUGCCCCUGACCUGUCCCCUCAGAUCCUGGAUCCACCUGUUGUAUGUAGCAGCUGUGGCAGACCAUAUUCCCAAGGGACUCCUGCGGACGCGCCCCUGGAGAAAAGUGGCGAGGCCACUCGGACAUCUAGCCGAACAGAUGACACUGCCCAAGUUACCUCUGAUUAUGAAACCAAUAACAACAGUGACAGCAGCGACAUCCUACAGAAUGAAGACGAGGCUGAGUGUUCCAGAGAGUCAUUGAGGAAAACAUUGGCUUGUGGCACCUAUGGUCCUGAAGCCAUGAUAUUCCUGGAUAAACCAAUUCUUGCUCCUGAACCUCUUGUCAUGGAUAAUCUGGACUCAAUUAUGGAGCAGCUAAAUACUUGGAAUUUUCCCAUUUUUGAUUUGGUGGAAAAUAUAGGAAGAAAAUGUGGCCGUAUUCUUAGUCAGGUCUCAUACAGACUUUUUGAAGACAUGGGCCUUUUCGAAGCUUUUAAAAUUCCAGUUAGAGAAUUCAUGAAUUAUUUUCAUGCUUUGGAGAUCGGAUACAGGGAUAUUCCUUAUCAUAACAGAAUCCAUGCCACUGACGUCUUACAUGCUGUUUGGUAUCUUACUACACAGCCUAUUCCAGGCCUCUCCACUGUGGUUAAUGAUCCCGGCUCAGCAAGUGAUUCAGAUUCUGACAGUGGAUUUACGCAUGGACACAUAGGAUAUGUGUUUUCAAAAAUGUAUAACACAGUGGACGAUAAAUACGGAUGUCUUUCUGGAAACAUCCCUGCCCUGGAGUUGAUGGCUCUCUAUGUAGCUGCAGCCAUGCAUGAUUAUGACCACCCAGGGAGGACUAACGCUUUCCUGGUUGCUACUAGUGCUCCUCAGGCGGUGCUAUAUAACGAUCGUUCCGUUUUGGAGAAUCAUCACGCGGCUGCUGCAUGGAAUCUUUUCAUGUCCCGGCCAGAGUAUAACUUCCUAACUAACCUUGACCAUGUGGAAUUUAAGCAUUUCCGUUUUCUUGUCAUUGAAGCAAUUUUGGCCACUGACCUGAAGAAACACUUUGACUUCGUAACCAAAUUUAAUGCCAAGGUGAAUGACGAUGUUGGAAUAGAUUGGACCAAUGAAAAUGAUCGUCUCUUGGUUUGUCAAAUGUGUAUAAAAUUGGCUGAUAUUAAUGGGCCAGCUAAGUGUAAAGAGCUUCAUCUUCAGUGGACAGAGGGCAUUGUCAAUGAAUUUUAUGAACAGGGUGAUGAAGAGGCCAGCCUUGGGUUGCCCAUCAGCCCCUUCAUGGACCGUUCUGCCCCUCAGCUGGCCAAUCUGCAGGAAUCCUUCAUCUCUCACAUAGUGGGGCCUCUGUGCAACUCCUAUGACUCAGCAGGACUCAUGCCAGGAAAAUGGGUUGAAGACAGCGAUGAGUCAGGAGACACUGAUGACCCUGAAGGGGAAGAGGAAGCUGCAGCCGUGAAUGAAGAAGAAACCUGUGAAAAUAAUGAAUCUCCCAAAAAGAAAACUUUUAAGAGGAGGAAAAUCUACUGCCAAAUAACCCAGCACCUCCUGCAGAACCAUAAGAUGUGGAAGAAAGUCAUUGAGGAGGAGCAGCGACUGUCCGGUAUCACAAACCCAGCCCUGGACCCAUCUGCUCAGCAGCACGCCUCGGAGCAGAUCCAGGCCAUCAAGGAAGAGGAGGAGGAGAAAGGGAAAGCAAAAGCAGAGGAAACCCCAGCCCCAAAGCCCAACCAGUGACCCUGGAUAGAAUGAGCUGUGUUUCCGAACAGAUCUUGAUUUGUCACGGACUCUUUUUCAAGCCAGCACAAUAUUUAGACACAACACUGUAGAAAUGAAAGAAGACGGGGAAAUGGCUAUUGCACUUUGGGAUCCUUCGCAUUUUAUGUGUUUAUUUUUGCAGUGAGGUACAUUGUUAAAAACUCUCGCUCCCAGAAGCUUUCACACUGCGACACCAGCUUCUACGGAUAUUGUUUGUUUAUGGAGGAAAUAUAGAUGUGUGUGUGUAUAUAAGCUCCCACGUAGAUACAUGUAAAGCAUACAUACACACACACACACACACACACACACACACACACACACUGAAAGCCACGAUUACUGUCUCCACAGUUUAGUAACAUUCAUAUUAAGAUAUAUAGUGGUCACUGUGAUAAUAAAUCAUAAAGGAAAACAAAUCACAUGGGAAGUGGUGUGGCUUAGUGUGGAAAGGGUACAGCCAAUGUAGGUUACAGUUAAGCAGCUUUUGCUCUUCAUACUGAGGGAUGAAAGUUCCAGAGCAUUAUUUGAAUUCUGAUAUAUACUGCCAACACUGUUGUGUGUGUGUGUGUGUGUGUGUGUGUGUGUGUGUGUGUGUGAAAGAGAGAGAGAGAGAGAGAGAGAGAGAGAGAGAGAGAGAGAGAGAGAGAAGGAGGGAGUUUGUGUGCACGUGUUUGCAUACGUAAAUACAUUUCUAUGGUUUCAGUAGUUUAUGGAAUAGCAGUAGCAGAUUACUCAGUACGUGUAACAAACAGAAGGAAGUUCGCACUGAGGAGUCUUUGAAAGGCAGCCAUUCCAAAUGCCCUCCAUUUAGCAUCAGUAGAGGUCCUUGCAGAUGGGGGGCAUCCAUGGGCCCUGUGAUUGUUACUACUGCUACCCACCACUUGGAGGCGCUCUCCUACCAGGUUCAAUCCUGGAAGACAGAGACAUUUUCCAGUCUGUUUCCCUAAUGAACUUAUAUGAGUUGCUUGUGAGUUGUAUGUCACUUACCUAAGAUCAAAUCACCUUUUAAGGGGAUGACAUUCUUUAUGCGUUAACACCCAAAAGGAGCUGCGGGUAGGGAAGAGUUCUAAAAGAAUCCCAGAAAAAUGGGAAACGACACUGAAUAGUAUCUCCUGUGUCUUCUAAAUUUGCUGCAAAAUGUGUAUCGGGAAAAAAAGAAAGGCAAAUAAAUUCACUAUGGGUUACAUCGCAAGAGAUGGAGGAGAAAAAUAGCAACCUAGGGUUUGGUGUUUGGUCCUUGACAACUGUUAAAGAAUGGGUUUGUGGGUGAUGGUCCUGUUGACACCGCUGUGUGUAUUUCAUACACUUUGCUAUGAAUACCUUCAUCUACAGUCUGUCCUGUUAGGUUUCUUUUGGCAGGAAAGAUCAUAGAAAGAUUGCUUAAGGAUUGGGAUAUUUUUGAAAGAUUUUUUUGUUUUUUUUGUUUUUAUCUACACUUGUUUAUGCUGUGAGCCAAACCUCUAUUUAAAAAGUUGAUACUCACUUUCAAUAUUUUAUUUCAUAUUAUUAUAUAUGUCAUGAGUAGUUAUCUUGUUGUAAAUAUAUAAAGAUUUUUUUUUUUGGUUUCUGUAGAUAGUAAACUUUUUUAAAACACAAAAAAGGGAAAAGGGAAACAUUUUUAUAAAGUUAUAUUUUAAUCACCAUUUUUAUACAUGGUAGCUAUCCCUAAGCCCAGAAGGAAGAUGAUGAUUUAUUUCCAUGGAGGUCUGUGGAUAACCACUCAUCUACCUAUUCUAGUUUAAAUGAUAAUCUCACACAAUUAUUUCUGUCAAUUUAAUGAGGAUGCUGAAUGGAAUUUUUUUCCAGUGGUAGCUUUUGCUAACUGAAUGAAUUUUGAAUCUUUGUCUUCAAAAUGAAAGAGUUAACCAAUACCAAAUUUUUAUAGCUGGUGUAUAUUCCUCUCCACCAGAUGUUUGGUUAUAACUUCUCCUCCCAUUCUACAUACAGAUCUGUUUAUCAUCUAAAGUAUGUUGAUUUCCAAGAAAACCUUGAUUGUAAUUUCUACUGUUUACCUUCUCUGAAGUCAUAGAAAAAGUGUUUACAUUAAAAAGUCCUUUGUUUCUCACAAAUGUAAAUUCCUCCCUUCUAAUGCAUGAUUUUACAAUAAUCCAUAGCCUUUUUAAUUAGCCAAAGAUACCACAAUAAGAUAAUCAACAUGGUUUCAAGGCAAAAUUUUCAGUAAGUAGGAAAAUAUAAAAAACGAUCAAAUGGAUGCAGACUCUACUUAAAUAGUUCGAAUCAGUUUCAGUGUUAUUUCAGUUAACACCAGGGCUUCAUUAUCUAACCCUUACUGCGUUGUUUCCAUUUUCUGAGUAUUGCCUGUGAGUCUCUACAUUUGCAAAAUUUACUGUGAGUCAAAUAUAUCUCCUCGUGAAAUGAGCUGUUGUUCAUCCCUUGCAAAUGAAAGAUGAAAAGCAAAGGCAUUUAUACUCACACACCCAUUGUAUUAACUUACUUUAAUCGUUUCCCCUUUUCCAAUAGCUAUACAUCUGUAUAGUUAAUAUAAAUAUAGGGAAAAGUUAAGUGUGGACUGAGUGGAAUGACAAUACCAUUGUGGAUUCAUACGUGCAUAUAAGCAGUUUUAUUAAAGCUGCAAGGGUGAAGCCAGCCAGAAUAUCUCAGCCAGCUCCCUGGGUGUGUUUAUUUGCUUGUUUAAAGGUACAUGAAAUAAUAGGGUUAUUAAUGACCAAGUCAAUUAGAACGUCUUUGUUCCAGAUUUGUAUUCACCAAUCCGGGCAGAUGAAUAAUUUUUAAAUAACCAUAGUAUUUAAGAUAGAUGUCAGCUGAAAUGAAAACAUGGAGGUCCACCACGUGUAUAACUUUGAUACAUACCUGGGACAUCUCCAAGGAUGCCUAGGAAUAUAAAAAGGUAUGUUUUGCUAAUGAUGUUUCCCCGCUCCUGGUGACAGCAAUAUUACUGUGUUCACUUGCAUCUUCAGAGCCUACUUCCUGUGGUGCCAAUGUAUUUGUUGCAAUUUACUACAUUUUUAUAUGAGCCUACUUAUAGGUGCCGUUAGAUAAACUCAGGUCUUUUGAAUGAAGGAGUUUCUAGCACAGUUAUGGAUAAGGAUAAUUGUAUAGACAGCCAUAGAAAUCAAUAAUAGGAAAAUUUAGAACUGGUUGCUCUCUGUUAAGUAAAAAUCUAAGAGUAUUCUGUGUGUUAUCAAUGUCAUUUCGAAAUGCUAAUAGGUUGCCUUUCCAGUGAUCUGUCUAAAUCAGCAUUUAGAAUAUUAUUUUCUUGGCAAAAACACCACUUUUGCUUUUUUCUUAACUGUAAAAAUAUAUUUUUUUGUCAUUUAUGCAAGAUCUGGUUUUGUUCUUACUAGAUGAAGACAGUAGCUCUGUAUAGGAGUAUGUCUAUAUUGGUCUUCAUCUGAAGUGUGAAGGUGUCGCUACAUGUUCUGUUUAAGGAAGCAUCUACUUUCUAAGGACAUAAUACACAACUCUGUCUGUUCUAUUUUGGUUGAAAUGCAGGACAAAUCCUAACCUUUGCAAUCCCAGUAAUAUUGAAGAAAAGGUAUGGAAUGACAUGCAGAUUGUUCAUUAGCUGUAUGUAGACUAUUCAUGUGCGAUUUUCCUGUAUCCCCUGCCUCUCCUUCCCAGAGAACUUUCCUGAAGGUAAAAGCUGUGCAGAAGGCAUGAGCUUUGUUUAAAUGAUGGUAAAAAUAUAAAUUAUUUUCUAAGGAAUAAAAAUAUGAAAAUUUUCAUUGUAAAUAAAGUCUAAAGUUUGA